AUGGCAUGCUGCAACUCAAAUUGUCCUAACCCUGCAGAAGACUCACAGGCAUGCCCACUGUGUGACACUUAUAAAUAUUGCUCCGAGGACUGUAGAAGACGAGAUUGAAUUUUUUCCCAUCAGUUUACUUGCAGCCAUAAUCAAAGCUAUUCUCUUGAGGACUUUAAAGAGGUUCAAGACCCAAACCUUAAAAUCCUUGGAAAAGGGUCGUAUGGAGAAGUAAAACUUGUUACUCAUAUUAAAACUGGGAAUUAUUUUGCAUUGAAGCAGGUUAAAAAAGAAAUACUCAAAAGACAUUCAUCAUUAUCCGUUUUGCUAACCUUUUCUGUUUGAAUUUCAUAUUGAUUAUUUUUAAAAAGUUUAAAAAUCCUUAAAUACAAAAUUUAUAAAUUCUGCAAGCUUUUAAAAUAUAAUAUAAGAAUUUUAAUUUUACUCAAUAAAGGGAAUAAGAGAAAUUAAUAUUCAGAAAUCAAUAAGGCAUCCUUAUAUUAUACAGCUUUAUCAGCAUUUUGAAAGCAAUGAUAGUGUUUAUAUUUUGCUUGAACAUGCUGCACAAGGUAAUUUAUUUAGAAGAAAAAAUUCUGUUCUUAUUUAAAGGAGGUUAAUUUUUUUAUAAAAUAUUAAAAAAUAUAAAUUAAAUGCUAUUUUAUGAAGAAUUAAUUAAAAAAAUUAAUCGAUUCAGUGCAAAAAACUACUUAAAUACUAAUACUCUACUUAUACUCUACUUCCAUUUUUUCUAUUAAAUUAUAGAAAAUAAUUUUAUACAUAUAAAUUUUUCCAUUGAAAAAAAUUGUUCAAAUUUAAAGAGGGUUAAAGUACCCAAAAAAAUGGAAAUAUUACCUCAAUUUAAAUGGGGAAGUUAGAUUUAAUUAGAAGAAGCAGAGGAUUAUCUGAAGGAAGAGCUUGGCAUUAUUAUUCUCAGACUUGCAUUGGGCUAAAAUAUUUGCAUGAUAAGCAAAUAAUUCAUAGAGAUUUGAAACCUGAAAAUAUUUUGUUAGAUAGAGACGACAACGUAAAAAUUUGUGAUUUUGGCUGAUGUGUACAAAGUAAUGAGAUGCGGACAACGUUUUGUGGAACAUUAGAUUAUAUGGCCCCUGAAAUGGUUCUUGGUAAAGGCCAUUCAUUUCAGUUAGAUUUAUGGGCUAUAGGUGUUUUAUUAUAUGAAUUAUUCUUAUUUAUAUAAAUAAAUAAUAAAGUUUAAUGGUAGGAUUAUUUUUUCUAUUUACUUAAAAAAAAAAUAAUUCAUGGAUAUGCUCCUUUUAGAGCUGUUGCAGACUCAGAGAAAUGCAAGCAAAUUUUAGCUUCAGAAGUUACCUAUGCGUCUCAUGUAAGUUCUGCCGCCAAAGAUCUUAUUUCCAAGCUAAUCCGGGUAAAUCCAGAAGAACGGCUCUCGCUUAAUAGCGUUCUUUCUCAUCCUUGGAUGCGCAAAUAUGCUCCUAAUCCAGGGUAUAAAGUUAAAUAGUUAAAUUAGAAUAUGCCUCUUCAAUCCCAUUUCAUGCGACCCCUGCUUAGAUAGACAGCUCUGAAUAACGGUAGGAGGAAUAAGUCUAACCUUUAGAUCUAUUCUUGUCCCCAAGCCUCCUAGGACUUCUCUAUCUACUUCAAACUCAACGAGAUCAUUUUUCUUAAGCCAAGACUCCAAGAAAUCUGGAAUUUCUCUCACUGAGUUCGGACGUAGGAAGACAGUCCUAUACCUAAUUGUCAUUUUAUACUGUGAGGUAUAAAAUUAAUCAACUUGUAUUGCACAAAGAAAAUGGCCGAGGAUUUAUCAGUGAAAUUGCAGGACUGUUAUGUACAAUCCAUUAUCCAUCAAAAAAUAUAGACCAAUAUGUCUCAAUAACUGAUAUUCAUUUAUUAGUAGAUGUUUUACCGGAUGGGUAUGAGGAUGAAGAAAUUAACGAAGCCCCACGAGUUACAAUUGGCACAAAAGAAAAGUCUCUUUUUGAUAAAUUACAAAGCUGGAUUGAUAAGCCGACCAGGGGUAAAAAGAGUAAAGCAAAUGGUAGAGCAAAAGGAAAUAAAGAGACAGAAGAUAUCAAAAUUGAUGAAAUUAGGAAAGAAAGAAGAUCUUCGAUUCAGUGCUUUGAAGAUGUAGUUGAAAGAUACAGCUUAAAAAAGCAUGAUGGGCUUGAAAAUUUACCAAAAAAUAUAGAAGUAAGCCAAGAAAGGCUGAGUAUAAGUGAAGAACCAGCUCCAAAAAUUAAAAAUAGUGAAGAAGAAAGCAAUCCUGUAAAUUAUUGUGUUUCAGAUAUUGAUUGUUUUGCGUCUGGACUCUUUGACUCAGAAGCUGAAAAAAUUGAUAUAAUUCAAUCUCAAAAAGCAAAACUCAAACAAGCUAAAACAACAAAUUCCAAAUAUAAGACAACAAAGCGCCGAACUAGCCUAAAAUAUACUAUUGAUAGCAUAAAUUCUCAAAAUCAUGCCUCUUUGCGAUCAACAAUAGAUACUAGUGAUACAGCACUACAAGAAAAAGAAGAUGAACUUAAGCGCCUUACAAACGGCCCCGGAUUUCGGCCGAGCCAGCCAUUUAAGAAGCCUGAGAAGCCUCCUGAAAAAGCCCAAGACUUACCAUGGUAUGCAAGAUUAUUUGGCUGUACAGACCGAUAA